GUAAGGGUAUAAGAAAAAUACCGCUCCACCUCUGUGGAUAAGCUUCUCACUCUCGGUUCAGUCGGAUAGGCGGAAAGGCUCUACUGACUAAGUAACGUCUAUGGAGGCCACAAAUACCAGCAGCAGCAGCAUCAUGUGGUUCUUCAGGGACAAAGGUUUCGAUGAUCCGAGUAUCGACAAGAUGUUGAAAAAGUGCAAACAGUUGGAAAAGGCCCAAAGCGAUGUGGCAUCUGAAAACUGGGACUACCUGAGAAACAUUGUUGGAAUCCAAGAGAGAAAACUCCCUUACAUCGUCUCCCGAUGCCCCAAAAUCCUCACUUUACGCCUCGAUGAGAGGCUCAUCCCCAUGGUCGAGUGCCUCUCCGGUCUAGGAAGGACUCCUCGGGAAGUUGCUUCCGCCAUUACCAAAUUUCCUCCAAUACUCUCUCAUAGCGUGGAAGAGAAACUGUGUCCCCUUCUUGCUUUCUUUCAAGCGUUGGGUGUGCCUGAGACUCAACUUGGCAAAAUGAUACUUUUUAACCCAAGGCUUAUCAGCUACAGCAUCGACACCAAGCUCGCAGUGAUUGUCAGCUUUCUUGCUAGUCUUGGCCUUGACCAAGAUGGGAUGAUCGGGAAAGUCCUGGUCAAGCACCCAUUUCUUAUGGGGUAUAGUGUUGAUAAAAGGUUGCGGCCUACCACUGAAUUCUUGAAAUCCUCCGUUGGUUUGACUGAGGAUGGCAUCCAGUCGGUGGUCAUGAAUUUUCCACAACUUGUGUGCAGAGACGUUAACAAGAUUCUCAAACCAAAUUAUGAUUAUCUGAGGGAGUGUGGGUUUGGAGAUGCCCAGAUAGCAACGAUGGUGACUGGCUAUCCCCCAAUUUUGAUUAAGAGCAUUAAGAAUUCACUACAACCUAGGAUCAGAUUCCUAGUCCAGGUGAUGGGAAGAGGCAUUGAUGAAGUGGCUUCUUAUCCUGAAUUCUUUCACCAUGGAUUAAAGAAGAAGGUAGAAUCACGGUAUAAACUUGUCAAAAGGAAUAACAUUGACUGCAGCCUUAGAGAAAUGCUGGACUGUAACACAAAGAAAUUCCAUGACAAGUUUGGCUUUUCAGUGGGAACUGCAUCCUAUGCAAGCUUCUAGCUUUCUAUCUCUCUAGUUUUCCCUUCAUCACUCUCUCUCUCCCUCUCUCUCUGUAAGCUUUUUUCAGCUUUUGCACCAAUUUCACUUCACUGAUUGUGAUAUCAAUAGAGUGUUUUCCAGAUAUCUCGAUUCCAUUCUCUCUCUCUCUCUCUCUCUCUCUCUCUCUCUCUCUCUCUCUCUCUCUCUCUCUCUAUGCAGUUUUCUAUCAUCGAUUGAAACACUUUCUUAUCAAAAUUACCCGAUGAAGUGCACAUCCAUAGAGUGAUAUCCCUUGUUUACAGCACCUUACAAGCAAGAGAAGAAUCUGGGCGGCUUAACUCCAGAACAGAAUAUGCUGCACGCAGCUCAAUGCAGUCUUAGCAGCUUGCUGAAAGCAUGGGAAGGUCCGUUAAAAGCAUGGACAACUGUUUCCUUAUCUUCACUCUACAGAGUAUCAAAAUAUGUUGUGAACAAAUUCCACAAGUAUGGAGGGUCCUUGAUCACAGUAAUAGGAGAUGGUGGAUCAUGCUCUGCCUUUGUACCCUGCCAUAUAGAACUGAGGAGGAACGUGAAUGUGAAAUCCACUAGGAUCUCUUUUGGAUGUCACGAGAAUUCUGACACAUAGUAGAUCGAUCAAAUUUUGUGACGGACAAACUUGAAAUUCUUGUUGCUUCGAAAUUCGAAUGCUCUUUUUGCUGCCGGUUUGGAUCGGAUUA